GCAUACUGUAGGCUAGAAGAAGAUAGCUAGAAGCGAGAGAGAUGGCAGAAGAGACAGAGAUGGCACAUGCAACCCUUGCAGCCCUCUUCUCAGCUCAGACAUCCCGCGAGUGUCUUGCACACGCAACAGAACUCGCAAACCACCUAAAGCGGGACGGCCUACACCUCCUCCAGACCACAAUCUGCCCAGCGCUCCUCAAAGCAGCCAAGGACAAGAAGGACGGCGUAGCGCGUGAGUCCGCCCUCAUCGCAUUCUCAGAGAUCUUUGUCCAAUAUCCACCGUCCAUCCCGCAUCUCCUACAAUACCUCCCAGUCAUCUUGGAUGCAGGCUCAGACAAGGGCCAAGUCGUUCGCGAUGCAGCAGAUCUAGCAUUGCGCAACCUCCUUAGAGCAUCAGAAGCCUAUGUUUUAUCGACGCAUGUCCUCCCGGCCACCCUCAGCUAUCUCGAAGACGGCAGCGUCAAGUGGCAGUCGCGCAUUUGUGCAUUGACCCUCCUUGAAGGCAUCGCAGAAGAUGCUCCAGAGCGGAUGGGUGAGAAGCUCGAGAAUGUCGUGCCUGUUGUUGCAGCAUGUAUUCACGACACCAAAUCACAAGUCUCCGACAAGGCCACCAUCACCAUGAAGAAGGUCACCGACAUUGUACAAAAUAACGACCUCCACAAGUCCAUGCCACACAUUCUACUCGCCCUCUCUGAUCCAUCCGGCAUCAAGGAGUGUAUUCGCGCACUCUCACAUACAACGUUCGUCGCUGAAGUCGGACCACCCACCCUCGCACUCCUCGUGCCACUCCUCAAGCGCUCCAUGAUGGAUGCAGCAUUUGGUGUCAACACACAAAGACAAACGGCCGUUGUUGUCGACAACCUUGUGCGUCUCGUGCCAGACCCAACAACCUGCACACCAUUCCUCAAAGCCCUGUUACCGGGUGUCAAGCGUGUUGCUGAAACAGCUUCCAUGCCAGAAGUCCGUGCCUUGGCAACGCGUGCGCUUGCCACUUUACAAGCUGCCGGUGCAGAAACACCGCUCGCUGCUGAACCGCUCUCUAUCGCUGAAGUUGAGAAAUACCUCUCUAGCUACGUGACUGUUGCUUCACCGGAAGAUGGCGAGCUGCUGCAUGCCGUAGCGGCCAUGGUGGCAGAUAUGAUUGCUGCAAAGGACUACUUCCGCAAGACUUGGGAAAAAACGCUUGCCAAGUACAUGUCGCCCAUUAUGACAGGGUCACCGCUUGAAGCCUCAAAGCAAAUCUAUGCCUUCUUCUGGGAAGAUUACAAGCUCCAAAAUGGUCUUGAUACACCGGUGACGGGGGAAAUACCCAUUGUCGAUACUGACUUUUCCCUCGCGUAUGGCGGUAUGAUGCUGCUCAACAAGACAAAUCUCAAACUCUUCCGAGGACAUCGCUAUGGUGUAUGCGCGCAUAACGGUGCAGGCAAGUCAACCCUGCUGCGUGCCAUCUCUGAAGGUAAAGUCGAAGGCUUCCCCUCAGCUGAUGAAUUGACACCCUUCUUUGUUGAGCACAAAUUACAAGGUGCCGAGGGUGACUUGUCGGUGUAUGCAUUUGUCAAGAAGGACUUUCCAGACAAGACACAGACUGAAGUCGAAGCUGUGUUACUGGAUGUCGGCUUUGAGCCUGAACGUCAACAACAAAACGUCGGCGCGUUGUCUGGUGGUUGGAAGAUGAAGCUUGAAUUGGCCCGUGCCAUGAUGUCGCGCGUUGACAUUUUGCUCCUCGAUGAGCCUACCAACCAUCUCGACACAACCAACGUUGCCUGGCUACAAGACUACCUCAAUUCUCAGACUCAAAUCACCUCCGUCAUCGUCUCGCACGACUCUGGGUUCCUCGAUGCAGUCUGCACAGAUAUUAUUCACUACGAAUCAAAGAAACUCGCCUACUACCCUGGCAAUCUCAGCAAGUUUGUUGAACGCAAACCAGAAGCGAAAUCCUACUAUACACUCUCCUCCACACAAGUCGCCUUUUCCUUCCCACCACCGGGCCUCUUGACGGGCAUCAGCUCGCGUACCAAAGCUAUUCUUCGUUUGCGCGACUGUACAUUCACCUAUCCCGGUGUGGACAAGCCGUCCCUCAAGAACGUCUCAGCUGCGCUGUCCCUCUCUUCACGCAUCGGUAUCAUUGGUAAGAAUGGAGCCGGUAAAUCCACCUUCAUCAAAGUCUUGACGGGUGAGGUGAUUCCUCAACAAGGUACCGUUGAGAAGCACCCAAACUUGCGAGUCGGCUAUGUUGCGCAACAUUCGCUCCAUCACGUCGACCAACACGUCCAUUUGACACCGAAUCAAUAUAUUCAGUGGCGAUACCAAUUCGGCGAGGACAAGGAAGUCUUGGAGAAGGAGACGCGCAAGAUUUCAGAAACGGAUGAAGAGAUUGAGAUUGAAGUCACCAACCCUAAAACAGGCAAGCUCGAAAAACGCAAGAUUGAGUACAUUGUUGGACGGCAAAAGUUGAAAAAGUCCUUCCAGUAUGAAAUCAAGUGGCGUAUGAUGGAGAUGCGACACAAUAUGUGGCUGCCGCGUGAAAAGCUCGUUGAGCAAGGUGCCACAAAGCUCAUCCAGCGUUUCGAUGACUGGGAGGCCGGUCGUGAAGGUCUCGGUUCGCGCGACUUGAACCCCGUCGAGAUUCGCAAACAUCUCGAGUCGGUUGGUUUGGAUGGUGAUAUCGCAGACAACAAUGAAAUUGGCGGCUUGUCUGGUGGGCAAAAAGUCAAAGUGGUCAUUGCUGCUUGCAUGUGGGCGAAACCGCACUUGCUCGUGCUGGACGAGCCAACCAACUACCUCGACCGUGACUCUCUCGGUGGCCUGGCUGUAGCUAUCCGCGAUUGGACGGGCGGCGUGGUGAUGAUUUCCCACAAUGACGAAUUUGUCUCUGCGCUAUGUCCUGAGCGUUGGACCAUUGCCGAUGGUGCCAUCACGCAACAGGGCAAGUCCUCUGUUGAUGCCAACAAGUUUGAGGAUGGCAAAGCCAUUGGUGGUGAAAAGGCAGCGGCAAAGCUUGGCAAGAAGAAGAAGCUCUCGAGGAACCAGCUCAAGGAACGGGAUGCCCGUCGUCGCUUGAGGCACCUGGCUUGGCUCAGUUCACCGCCUGGUACACCACGACCGGAUGAUUCAGACACGGAUUAGAUGUCUUUUUUGUUAUUACUUUAUUUCGAGCGUCAUAGAAGCGUAGAGGACUGCAUGCAUCGUAGAAGAAGCUCAAGGCUG